AUGUUUAUUUUCUCCUAUAUUUAUUUAUUCUUCUUUCAAUAUCUCUCCUUUCCACUUUCAAUUCUUCUUCGCAUCAUCUUCCAUCUCUUUUUCCAUUUCAUUCUUUCUUCUUACCUCAUGUUUAUAUAUAUAUUUUUUUACUCAUUCUUCUUUCAAUAUCAUUCUUCUAACACUCCUUCCCAAUUUCAAUGCUCAUUCGCAUCAUCUCUCUUCUCCUUCUGCGUUUCAUUCCUUCUUCUUCUCUCCUGUUUAUUUUCUUCCCAUUUUUACUCAUUCAUCUUAUCUUUCAAUAUCAUUCUCUUAACUCUCUUUCGCACAUUUAAUUCUUCUUCGAAUCACCUCCCUUCUUCAUCGUUUUAUUCCUUUUUCUUCAUCCAUAUUCAUUUUUCUGCCCAUUUCUGCUUUCUUUUUCUUCUUAUAAUCCGUUUAUUUCUUCCUUUUCUUUUACCCUUUCAUUUCUCUCUUUUCUAUUUUCCAUCUGUUUCUUUCUUUCUUUCUUUCUUUGUUUUUCUUCUAUUUUUCUCGUUCGUUUCUUUAAUGCUUCUUUCUUUACAUCCUUAUUUUCUUCCUCUUUAUUUACUCAUUCAUCUUAUCUUUCAAUAUCAUUCUUCUAACUCUAUUUCCCACUUUUAA